AUGAGCCUCAUAAAUGAAGAGAAACAGCAGCUUGAGGAAGACAGGAUGAAAUCAGAACGUGACAAAGAACAAGUGGAGGCCUUGAUGGAAGACGUGAAUAAUACAAAUUUUGAGAUUGAGGCUGCUAAGAGACACGUCGACGAAGAGAAAGACAAGCUAUUGAAAAUGAGGGCAGAACUGGACAUGAGGAAACAGGAAGUCGAACGCCAACAAGACGACCUGAAACAACAACUAGAGCAAAGACAAAAUGAACUGGAGACACGAUUUAAAGAUCUCCAAUCUUACAGCCAGCUGUGGCAGGUAGAGAAACAACAAUUGGAGGAGCUGAGAAAAGACCUAGAUCGAGAGAGGUCAGAAAGUAAGGCUGCUAUAAACCUCUACAAUGAAGAGAAAGAACAAAUAAAGGAGGGAGGAAGAAAACUACAAGUUGAAAAGGAAAAUCUGGAAACAUUAAUGGAGGAUGUGACCUGGCAACGAAAAGAAAUUACAGAAGCAAUGGCCAACAUCAGUGAAGAGAAACAACAGCUUCAGGAAGACAGGAUGAAAUCAGAAAGUGACAAAGAACAAGUGGAGGCCUUGAUGGAAGAAGUGAAAAAUAAGAGUUUAGAGAUUGAGGCUGCCAAGAGUAACAUCGAUGAAGAAAAAGAGCAGCUAUUGAAAAUGAGGGCAGAACUGGACAUGAGGAAACAGGAAGUCGAACGCCAACAAGACAACCUGAAACAACAACUAGAGCUAAGACAAAAUGAACAGGAGACACGAUUUGAAGAACUCCAAUCUUACAGCCAGCUGUGGAAGGUAGAGAAAGAACAAUUGGAGGAGCUGAGAAAAGACCUGGAUCGAGAGAGGACAGAAAGUAAGGCUGCUAUAAACCUCUACAAUGAAGAGAAAGAACAAAUAAAGGAGAGAGGAAGAAAACUACAAGUUGAAAAGGAAAACGUUGAAAUGUUAUUGGAGGAUGUAACCAGGCAACGAGAAGCAGCUGCAGAAGCAAUGUCCGUCAUCAAUGAAGAUAAAGAAAAACUUCAACAACAGAAUGCAGAGUUGGAGGAGAAGAUACAGGAAAUACAGAGAGAAAAGGAUUCCUUGAAACAACAUGAACUCAGAGUCACUACAGAACUAGAGUUGAGAAAAAAUGAACUGGAGACACAAACUGAAGAGCUGCAAUCUUCCAAUGAGUUGCUACUGAAAGACAGAAAACAGUUGGAAGAAUCAACGAAGGAACUAGACAGACAAAGACAAGAACAGGAAGUAGCCAUGAGCCUCAUAAAUGAAGAGAAACAGCAGCUUGAGGAAGACAGGAUGAAAUCAGAACGUGACAAAGAACAAGUGGAGGCCUUGAUGGAAGACGUGAAUAAUACAAAUUUUGAGAUUGAGGCUGCUAAGAGACACGUCGACGAAGAGAAAGACAAGCUAUUGAAAAUGAGGGCAGAACUGGACAUGAGGAAACAGGAAGUCGAACGCCAACAAGACGACCUGAAACAACAACUAGAGCAAAGACAAAAUGAACUGGAGACACGAUUUAAAGAUCUCCAAUCUUACAGCCAGCUGUGGCAGGUAGAGAAACAACAAUUGGAGGAGCUGAGAAAAGACCUGGAUCGAGAGAGGUCAGAAAGUAAGGCUGCUAUAAACCUCUACAAUGAAGAGAAAGAACAAAUAAAGGAGGGAGGAAGAAAACUACAAGUUGAAAAGGAAAAUCUGGAAACAUUAAUGGAGGAUGUGACCUGGCAACGAAAAGAAAUUACAGAAGCAAUGGCCAACAUCAGUGAAGAGAAACAACAGCUUCAGGAAGACAGGAUGAAAUCAGAAAGUGACAAAGAACAAGUGGAGGCCUUGAUGGAAGAAGUGAAAAAUAAGAGUUUAGAGAUUGAGGCUGCCAAGAGUAACAUCGAUGAAGAAAAAGAGCAGCUAUUGAAAAUGAGGGCAGAACUGGACAUGAGGAAACAGGAAGUCGAACGCCAACAAGACAACCUGAAACAACAACUAGAGCUAAGACAAAAUGAACAGGAGACACGAUUUGAAGAACUCCAAUCUUACAGCCAGCUGUGGAAGGUAGAGAAAGAACAAUUGGAGGAGCUGAGAAAAGACCUGGAUCGAGAGAGGACAGAAAGUAAGGCUGCUAUAAACCUCUACAAUGAAGAGAAAGAACAAAUAAAGGAGAGAGGAAGAAAACUACAAGUUGAAAAGGAAAACGUUGAAAUGUUAUUGGAGGAGGUAACCAGGCAACGAGAAGCAGCUGCAGAAGCAAUGUCCGUCAUCAAUGAAGAUAAAGAAAAACUUCAACAACAGAAUGCAGAGUUGGAGGAGAAGAUACAGGAAAUACAGAGAGAAAAGGAUUCCUUGAAACAACAAGAACUCAGAGUCACUACAGAAGUAGAGUUGAGAAAAAAUGAACUGGAGACACAAAUUGAAGAGCUGCGAUCUUCCAAUGAGUUGCUACAGAAAGACAGAAAACAGAUGGAAGAAGCAACGAAGGAACUAGACAGACAAAGACAAGAACAGGAAGUAGCCAUGAGCCUCAUAAAUGAAGAGAAACAGCAGCUUGAGGAAGACAGGAUGAAAUCAGAACGUGACAAAGAACAAGUGGAGGCCUUGAUGAAAGACGUGAAUAAUAAAAAUUUUGAGAUUGAGGCUGCUAAGAGACACAUCGACGAAGAGAAAGACAAGCUAUUGAAAAUGAGGGCAGAACUGGACAUGAGGAAACAGGAAGUCGAACGCCAACAAGAUGACCUGAAACAACAACUAGAGCAAAGACAAAAUGAACUGGAGACACGAUUUAAAGAACUCCAAUCUUACAGCCAGCUGUGGAAGGUAGAGAAACAACAAUUGGAGGAGCUGAGAAAAGACCUAAAUCGAGAGAGGUCAGAAAGUAAGGCUGCUAUAAACCUCUACAAUGAAGAGAAAGAACAAAUAAAGGAGGGAGGAAGAAAACUACAAGUUGAAAAGGAAAAUCUGGAAACAUUAAUGGAGGAUGUGACCUGGCAACGAAAAGAAAUUACAGAAGCAAUGGCCAACAUCAGUGAAGAGAAACAACAGCUUCAGGAAGACAGGAUGAAAUCAGAAAGUGACAAAGAACAAGUGGAGGGCUUGAUGGAAGAAGUGAAAAAUAAGAAUUUAGAGAUUGAGGCUGCCAAGAGUAACAUCGAUGAAGAAAAAGAGCAGCUAUUGAAAAUGAGGGCAGAACUGGACAUGAGGAAACAGGAAGUCGAACGCCAACAAGACAACCUGAAACAACAACUAGAGCUAAGACAAAAUCAGCUGGAGACACGAUUUGAAGAACUCCAAUCUUACAGCCAGCUGUGGCAGGUAGAGAAACAACAAUUGGAGGAGCUGAGAAAAGACCUGGAUCGAGAGAGGACAGAAAGUAAGGCUGCUAUAAACCUCUACAAUGAAGAGAAAGAACAAAUAAAGGAGAGAGGAAGAAAACUACAAGUUGAAAAGGAAAAUUUGGAAACAUUAAUGGAGGAUGUGACAUGGCAACGAAAAGAAAUUACAGAAGCAAUGGCUAACAUCAAUGAAGAGAAACAACAGCUUCAGGAAGACAGGAUGAAAUCAGAAAGUGACAAAGAACAAGUGGAGGCCUUGAUGGAAGACAUGAAUAACAAAAAUCUUGAGAUUGAGGCUGCUAAGAGAGACAUCAACGAAGAGAACGACAAGCUAUUGAAAAUGAGGGCAGAACUGGACUUGAGGAAACAGGAAGUCGAACGCCAACAAGACGACCUGAAACAACAACUAGAGCAAAGACAAAAUCAACUGGAGACACGAUUUGAAGAACUCCAAUCUUACAGCCAGUUGUGGAAGGUAGAGAAACAACAAUUGGAGGAGCUAAGAAAAGACCUGGAUCGAGAGAGGACAGAAAGUAAGGCUGCUAUAAACCUCUACAAUGAAGAGAAAGAACAAAUAAAGGAGGGAGGAAGAAAACUACAAGUUGAAAAGGAAAAUCUGGAAACAUUAAUGGAGGAUGUGACCUGGCAACGAAAAGAAAUUACAGAAGCAAUGGCCAACAUCAGUGAAGAGAAACAACAGCUUCAGGAAGACAGGAUGAAAUCAGAAAGUGACAAAGAACAAGUGGAGGCCUUGAUGGAAGAAGUGAAAAAUAAGAGUUUAGAGAUUGAGGCUGCCAAGAGUAACAUCGAUGAAGAAAAAGAGCAGCUAUUGAAAAUGAGGGCAGAACUGGACAUGAGGAAACAGGAAGUCGAACGCCAACAAGACAACCUGAAACAACAACUAGAGCUAAGACAAAAUGAACAGGAGACACGAUUUGAAGAACUCCAAUCUUACAGCCAGCUGUGGAAGGUAGAGAAAGAACAAUUGGAGGAGCUGAGAAAAGACCUGGAUCGAGAGAGGACAGAAAGUAAGGCUGCUAUAAAACUCUACAAUGAAGAGAAAGAACAAAUAAAGGAGAGAGGAAGAAAACUACAAGUUGAAAAGGAAAACGUUGAAAUGUUAUUGGAGGAGGUAACCAGGCAACGAGAAGCAGCUGCAGAAGCAAUGUCCGUCAUCAAUGAAGAUAAAGAAAAACUUCAACAACAGAAUGCAGAGUUGGAGGAGAAGAUACAGGAAAUACAGAGAGAAAAGGAUUCCUUGAAACAACAAGAACUCAGAGUCACUACAGAAGUAGAGUUGAGAAAAAAUGAACUGGAGACACAAAUUGAAGAGCUGCGAUCUUCCAAUGAGUUGCUACAGAUGGACAGAAAACAGUUGGAAGUUCCUGAAGAACUACAGGAGAAAGGCAACCUGGACAAACAGUUGUACACAUUGGCACAAGAUCAGCAAAACAUAAUCAGGGAAAAAGAUAAACUUCAGGACAUGCUUGUUCUUCUGACGGAAAGGAAGAACCAAAUUGACUCUCUGUUGGAAGAUGUAAUCUCUGAGAAAAACAGAUUAAAGGAGUUGGCUGAUAGUGUCCAACUUAAACACCAAGAGGUUCAAUAUGCAGUAGACAUGACUACUUCAAAACAAGAACCAUCUCUACUGGACACAAGCCUAAAAACAAAACUAGAAGAGCUGGAACAAGGAAGACAAGAAUUACAAGUUGAAAGAGAACAACUGGAAGAACUAAAAAAGGCACUGAAGAAGGAAGCACAAGAGGCUAUGAAUGCCCUUGAUGUGAGAAGACAGGAAAUGGAACAUGAACACGAAAUCAAGCAACUUGAACAUGAGGUGAAACAAAAAGAUCUGAAAGAACAAAUUAAAGAGCUCCAACGUUCAAGUGAACAGCUUAAGAUGGAGAGACAACACGUGCAAGAACAGAGGGAGGAUGAGGACAGAAAAAGACAAGAGACAAUGGUUGCUAUGGGGAUUGAUAAAGAGAAAGAAUGGCUUCAAAUAGGAGUAGAAGAGGAAGAUCAAAAAGACAAACAAAAACAGCAACAAGAACUAGAGGCAAAACAGUGGAAGACCAUGGACAGAAAAAUGCAAGAAAUAGGGGAUGUGGGAAAAAGAGAGGAAGAAAAAUUGCUGUCUGUAGAGAGCAGGAGACAAUCACACACUGAAAAAGUUCACCUGAGUGAUUUAAAAGUAGAAGAAAUUAGAAAAGAAACCAGGAAAGAACAAGAUACUGCAUACACAGUGGUCUUUACUGAUGAAGAAAAACAAAAGCUUGAAAAAGAGAGGACAGAUCUGGAGAUAAUGAGAAAAGAAGUGGAGAAACAAGACAACAUGACACGACAAGAACAGAUCAAACUUACACUUCAACGAGAAAAACUGGACAGACAAUUCAAAGAGCUACUACACUCCACUGAAUGGCUACACACUGAAAGACAACAACUGGAAGAACUAAAGGAGAAUUUAGGCCAGAAAAUACAUGAGAUCAAUGAUGAGAAACAAAAUCUUGAAGAGAAAAGUAGAACAUUGCAAACUCAAGAAGAACAUUUACAAGUUUUAAAGGAGGAAGUAAACAGGAAAGAACAAGAUGUAGCAGCCACAAUAUCCAUUCUCAAUGAGGAAAAACAAAAGCUUCAAAAAGAGAAGACAAAUCUGGAGAUAAACAGACAGGAAGUGGAAUUACAAGACCAUUUGACACAACAGGGAGCUGCCAAACUAAAACUGAGGCAAGAAGAGGUGGAGACACAAAUCAAAGAACUUAAAAUCUCCACUGAACAGCUGCAAGCUGAAAGACAACAAGUAGAAGAACUACAGGAGAAUUUGGACAGAAAAAGACAUGAGACUGAGGUAACUAUGAGCAAGGUCAGUGAAGAGAGGGCCGAGUUGGAGAUAAAGAAACGUGAAGUGGAACGAGAUGCUAUUGAACUACACUUGAGAGAAAAUGAACUAAAGGCACAAAUGAAAGAACUGCAAACCUCCACCAGACUGCUACAAGCUGAGAGACAACAAGCUGAAAUGUUAUGGAAAGACUGGGAAACAAAACCACAAGAGUCGGAAGCUGCAAUAACUGAAGAGAAACAACAACUUCAAGAACUUAGGAGACAAUUACAUACUGAAAGAAAACAACUGGAACUUAAUCGAAAACAGGAAGAAACUGGAGUUUGUACAUACAUCACUGAGGAGGAAAAAGAGCAACUUCACAACAUGUGGACAGAGCUGCAAAUGAAGAAACAUGAACAAGACAAUCUGAAAUUACAAAAUGAAUUUAAACAGCAAGAAAUAGAGCUGAGACAAAAUGAACUAGAGAAAAUGAUCAGAGAACUACAGAGCUCUACUUUAAAGCUGCAAGCUGAGAGACAACAAAUACAAGAGUUAAAGAAAGAAUUACACAAAGAAAGACAAUUUCAAAUUCAUGAGGAACAGACAUGGUUGGAAACUGAAAGAAAGCAUUUGGAAAUAUUAAAGGAAGAAUUAAACAGGAAAGAACAAGAUGUUGUAGAGAAAAUUACCUUCACCAAUGAAGAAAAACAAAAGCUUGACACAGAGAGGACAGAUCUGGAAAUAAAGAGACAGGAAGUGGAACUACAACAGAAUUUGACAUAUCAGGAAGCUCUCAAACUAAAACUGACAGAAGAGAAGGAAACACAAACAAAAGCUCUGCAAAUCUCCACUAAACAGAUACAAGUGGAAGAAUUAAGGGAUAAUCUGGCCAGAAAAAUGCAGAAGAUUGAGAUAACUAUGGACAAGAUCAGCGAAGAAAAACUAAAUCUUGAAGAGAAACGUAGAUCAUUGCAAACUAAGGAAGAACACUUGGAAGUAUUAAUGGAGGAAAUAAAUAGGAAAGAACUGGAUGUAGCUGCCACAAUGACCUUUAUCAAUGAAGAAAAACAAAAGCUUCUAAAAGAGAGGACAGAUCUGGAAAUAAAGAGACAGGAGAUGGAAAGAAAAGACAACAUGGCACAGCAACAAGAAAUCCAACUUAAACUAAGACAAGACGAUCUGGAGGCACAAUUCAAAGAUCUACAAAACUCCACUGAACAACUACAAGCUGAACGACAACAAGUGGAAGAAUUAAGAGAGAGUUUAGACAGAAAAAUACAUGAGACUGAGGAAACUAUGGACAAGAUCAAUGAAGAAAAACAAAACAUUGAAGAGAAAAGUAGAACACUGCAAACUCAAGAAGAACACCUACAAGUGUUAAAGGAGGAAGUAAACAGGAAAGAACUGGUUGUAGAGGCCACAAUUGUCUUUAUUAAUGAAGAAAAACAAAAGCUUCAAAAAGAACGGACAGAUCUGGAAUUGAAGAGACAGGAAGUGGAACAACAAGACAAUCUGACACAACAAGAAGCUGUCAAACUAAAACUGAGACAAGAAGAGGUGGAGAUACAAUUCAAAGAUCUUCAAAUCUCCAAAGAACGACUACAAGCUGAAAGACAACAAGUGGAAGAACUACGGGAGAAUUUAGACAGAAAAAGACAUGAAACUGAUGCAUCUAUAAACAUGAUCAUUGAAGAGAAACAAAAACUUGAGGAGAAACAUAUAACCUUGAAACUUGAAGAAGAACAUUUGCAAGUGUUAAAGGAGGACAUAAACAAGAAAGAACAAGAUGUUGCUGCCACAAUAAUCUUGAUCAAUGAAGAAAAACAAACGCUUGAAAAAGAGAGAACAGAGUUGGAGAUAAAGAAACAGGAAGUGGAAAGACAAGAUUAUGUGACACAACAACAAGAACUCCAACUUAAACUAAGAAAAGAAGACCUUGACACACAGUUCAAAGAUCUACAAAACUCCACUGAAUGGCUACAAGCUGAAAGACAACAAGUGGAAGAACUAAGGGAGAAUUUAGAAAGAAAAAUACAUGAGACUGAGGAAACUAUGGACAAGAUCAAUGAAGAAAAACAAAACACUGAAGAGAAAAGUAGAACACUGCAAACUCAAGAAGAACACCUACAAGUGUUAAAGGAGGAAGUAAACAGGAAAGAACUGGAUGUAGAGGCCACAAUUGUCUUUAUUAAUGAAGAAAAACAAAAGCUUCAAAAAGAACGGACAGAUCUGGAAUUGAAGAGACAGGAAGUGGAACAACAAGACAAUCUCACACAACAAGAAGCUGUCAAACUAAAACUGAGACAAGAAGAGGUGGAGAUACAAUUAAAAGAUCUUCAAAUCUCCAAAGAACAACUAGAAGCUGAAAGACAACAAGUGGAAGAACUAAGAGAGAGUUUAGACAGAAAAAUACAUGAGACUGAGGAAACUAUGGACAAGAUCAAUGAAGAAAAACAAAACAUUGAAGAGAAAAGUAGAACACUGCAAACUCAAGAAGAACACCUACAAGUGUUAAAGGAGGAAGUAAACAGGAAAGAACUGGAUGUAGAGGCCACAAUUGUCUUUAUUAAUGAAGAAAAGCAAAAGCUUCAAAAAGAGAGGACAGAUCUGGAAAUGAAGAGACAGGAAGUGGAACAACAAGACAAUCUGACACAACAAGAAGCUGUCAAACUAAAACUGAGACAAGAAGAGGUGGAGAUACAAUUCAAAGAUCUUCAAAUCUCCAAAGAACGACUACAAGCUGAAAGACAACAAGUGGAAGAACUACGGGAGAAUUUAGACAGAAAAAGACAUGAAACUGAUGCAUCUAUAAACAUGAUCAUUGAAGAGAAACAAAAACUUGAGGAGAAACAUAUAACCUUGAAACUUGAAGAAGAACAUUUGCAAGUGUUAAAGGAGGACAUAAACAAGAAAGAACAAGAUGUUGCUGCCACAAUAAUCUUGAUCAAUGAAGAAAAACAAACGCUUGAAAAAGAGAGAACAGAGUUGGAGAUAAAGAAACAGGAAGUGGAAAGACAAGAUUAUGUGACACAACAACAAGAACUCCAACUUAAACUAAGAAAAGAAGACCUUGACACACAGUUCAAAGAUCUACAAAACUCCACUGAAUGGCUACAAGCUGAAAGACAACAAGUGGAAGAACUAAGGGAGAAUUUAGAAAGAAAAAUACAUGAGACUGAGGAAACUAUGGACAAGAUCAAUGAAGAAAAACAAAACACUGAAGAGAAAAGUAGAACACUGCAAACUCAAGAAGAACACCUACAAGUGUUAAAGGAGGAAGUAAACAGGAAAGAACUGGAUGUUGUAGCCACAAUUACCUUUAUCAAUGAAGAAAAACAAAAGCUUCUAAAAGAGAGGACAGAUCUGGAAAUAAAGAGACAGGAGAUGGAAAGAAAAGACAACAUGGCACAGCAACAAGAAAUCCAACUUAAACUAAGACAAGACGAUUUGGAGGCACAAUUCAAAGAUCUACAAAACUCCACUGAACAACUACAAGCUGAACGACAACAAGUGGAAGAACUAAGAGAGAGUUUAGACAGAAAAAUACAUGAGACUGAGGAAACUAUGGACAUGAUCAAUGAAGAAAAACAAAACAUUGAAGAGAAAAGUAGAACACUGCAAACUCAAGAAGAACACCUACAAGUGUUAAAGGAGGAAGUAAACAGGAAAGAACUGGAUGUAGAGGCCACAAUUGUCUUUAUUAAUGAAGAAAAACAAAAGCUUCAAAAAGAACGGACAGAUCUGGAAUUGAAGAGACAGGAAGUGGAACAACAAGACAAUCUCACACAACAAGAAGCUGUCAAACUAAAACUGAGACAAGAAGAGGUGGAGAUACAAUUAAAAGAUCUUCAAAUCUCCAAAGAACAACUAGAAGCUGAAAGACAACAAGUGGAAGAACUACGGGAGAAUUCAGACAGACAAAUGCGUGAAACUAUGGCCACUCUGGACAUGGUGAAUGAAGAAAAACAAAACAUUGAAGACAAAAGUAGAACACUGCAAACUCAAGAAGAACACCUACAAGUGUUAAAGGAGGAAGUAAACAGGAAAGAACUGGAUGUUGUAGCCACAAUGACCUUUAUCAAUGAAGAAAAACAAAAGCUUCUAAAAGAGAGGACAGAUCUGGAAAUAAAGAGACAGGAGAUGGAAAGAAAAGACAACAUGGCACAGCAACAAGAAAUCCAACUUAAACUAAGACAAGACGAUUUGGAGGCACAAUUCAAAGAUCUACAAAACUCCACUGAACAACUACAAGCUGAACGACAACAAGUGGAAGAACUAAGAGAGAGUUUAGACAGAAAAAUACAUGAGACUGAGGAAACUAUGGACAAGAUCAAUGAAGAAAAACAAAACAUUGAAGAGAAAAGUAGAACACUGCAAACUCAAGAAGAACUCUUACAAGUGUUAAAGGAAGAAAUAAACUGGAAAGAACAGGAUGUUGCAGCCACAAUGAUCUUUAUCAAUGAAGAAAAACAAAAGCUUCAGAAAGAGAGGACAGAGUUGGAGAUAAAGAGAGAGGAAGUGGAAAAACAUGACUAUGAGACACAACAACAAGAAAUCCAAGUUAAACUAAGACAGGAAGAACUGGACACACAGUUCAAAGAUCUUCAAAACUCCACUGAACAACUACAAGCUGAAAGACAACAAGUGGAAGAACUAAGGGAGAAUUUUGAGAUGAAAGCACAAGACAUUGCAGCCACAAUCACCCAUCUCAAUGAAGAAAUACAAAAGCUCCAAAACGAGAGGAUGAAUCUGGAAACGAAAAGACAGGAAAUGGAAGACAAUAUGAUGAGAGAUGGAAGACUCAAACAACAACAACAGAAAUCACAAGUGAAAGGUCAGAGAACCUCUACAGGUGCAGGAGAAAUGGAAGAGCCAUGGAAGGACUUAGACAGAAAACAACAAGAAACUCAAGCUGAAAUGAAACUCCUCCAAGAUCAGGAAGGCAGGCGAAAAUUACAAACUCAAAGAGAACAGUUGGAUUUGCAAAUGAAGGAAUUUAAAACUAAAAGCAACACCUUGAGUCUCCUUGAUGAAGAUAAAAUUGAGGAGGAAGUGGCAGUGACAAGUCAUGACACUGAACUUAAACAAGAUGAACUGAAACAAACAGAAGAGCUACAAAGCAGAUACCAAACUGAAGUGGUUCAUACACAUGUGGAUCUAGACUCUGCCUGGGAGGAGACCAGAGAACAGAGGGACCAGCUCAGUCAGGACAGGCUAAAGCUACAGAAACAACAGGAGCAGAUGGACAUGGAGCUGAAGAGAAGACAAGACCAGCUCCACAAUAUGACAGGGAGACUGAGUUAUCUGAGAGGACUCCUCCAACAAAACAGGAACACAUUACAACUACACAUACAGGACAUGGACAAACUGAGGCAGAAGCUCACAGCUCUGGACCAGGACAGAGACAAGAUGGCUGACUGCAUUCAACUGUUGGAGGGACAAAAGAACAGUCUUAAAGACACACUGAGUCUCUUCAUUGGACAAAAGCAAAGACCUCUACAAGAGAGACAGCAGGUGGAGACACUGAUCUCAGAAGUGAAGAAGUCAAGUAAGGAGCUGGAUCAAAAGAGGGACACAAUAGACGGAGAGAAAGAGGAGAUGCAGAAGACAAGAAAUUAUGUCCACACAUUUACAGACAGAUUAGGGAAGCUAUUAGAAGACCUUGAAGUAAACAAAACCACACUCCAAAGAACAAGGAGUGAACUUAUGAAGAAAUCUGAACAAACAAACUUACUUACAGAGGAACUAAAACGAGUGAAUUUGCGUGUCAAAGAAUUAGCUUGUGCAGUUAAGAGCAAAAAAGACAAGCUUGAUAUGAUGAACCAAGAACCAUGUGUUGAUUCAGUUACUUCAGAGGAAGCUACAUUGGUCAGAAAAGAAGAAUCCACCUCAAUUUUGGAACAGCUCACUCAAGACAAGAUAAGCCUAGCACAAGAAAGAGACAUGUUCAUAGAUGAGUGCAAACAAAGAGAAGAAGACCUGAAACAGCGAGAGGGCGAACUUGCAAACAAAAUGGCAGUUAUAUUACAACUAAGUCUUCGUCUUAAGCAGCUAACACAACACCGAAAUGAUGCUGCGGUUAAGAAAAUACAGCAAAUGGAAGAUAGCAGUGACAGGCUUUUGAAAUUGUGCCUCAAAGUAAAACAAAACUCUGAUCAGCUCUAUCAAGAGAAGAACAGAAUAAAGUUAUAUUCAAAGUUGCUUCAAGGGGAAGUGGAAAAUCUUGGCAUAACCUCUGCCACCAGCUCUAGAAGACACAUUGAAAAGGAAGAAGACUCAACAAUAGAGCUUGAAGAACAUGCCAUGGAUAAAAUUACUCAGACAGAACAGUAUGAGCCAAUCAGACCUGACUUGAGAAAAUAUAAUGAGAAUUUACAAAAACAAACUCUAGAUUUGAAAGCAGCAAAUCAUUUCUUGGAAAACACUUUGGAAGAGUUGCGGUGUAAUAAAAAUGAUCUUACUUGUAUUAUGGCUGAGGUUAAGAUGGAAAACGCCAGCCUUAAACAUAUGGCAGACUCUGUUCAGAAAAGCAAAGAGGAGCUUAAGACUUUUAUGAACAUGUUGCAAGUUAGAGGAAGCAUUGCAGAAGUCCAAGAACAAGGUCAAACUCUGGAUACGGAAAUAGACAAAGAAUCCUACAAACAAAUGGAAGCAAGUGCGAUUACAGAGCAAACAAGACCAUUAAAAUUACAUCUAUCCCAACUCAAAGAAAUAUUCACAAGCAGAGAGAAAAAGAUACAACUAAACCAAGAACAGAUAGUAACUGUGACCACUGUGUUAAAACAAAAACUUGCAGAACUGAAUAAACUCAAAGAGGACUUGGCUAGUUAUUCUAAAGCGUUUGAGAUGGAAAAGACUGCUCUUGUGAAUAUACUGUCAACUAAACUUGAGAAACUGGGUGAUGACUUAUCUAUUGCAACGUUACAAAAACAAGACUUUGAAAAACUCCAAAAUGAAAGAAAAGAAGUAGAAUCACUUAGAGAGACUGUCAAGAAAGAAUGCGAAGACUUGGAGAUCUUAAAGUUAGACAUCCAGAGUCAAAACGGAUUAUUACAAAAAACUAAACAAGAUUUACAAGAUGAGAGAGACAAGAUGGAGAUCAGGAAAGCAGAACUAGUAAACAGAGAAGAAAAACUCCAGGAAGACAUGGAACUUCUCAAUCAAAUGAAGAACAGUAUUGAUAGUGAGAAGGCAACGCUCCAAACUGAAAAGCAGCAGUUGGAAGUAAAAGUAUCCCAGAUAAAAUCUCAAGAAGAUAAUCUUAAAUUAGCUACAAAGUCUAUGGAAGAGCUCUCAGUCAAGUUCAAACAGAGUUGUCAAUUGAGAGACUGUCAAAUGGAAGAAAAUAUAAAAAGAAUGCAACUGAACAAAGCACACAUACUUCAGUUAAAUAGAGACACAGAGAAACAAUUUGAAGAGCUUAAGAAUGUUAAAAAUGAAAUAGUUUAUCAUUAUGAAACAAUACGAAAGCAGAAAUCACAACAAAAUAUUAUAAUGUGCGACAAAGCUGUGCAAACCGAAGAAUCGACCAGGAAGCAAGAGAAAGAUUUGGUAUCGCCAUCUGAAAUUGAACAGAAGAAAGACAGAAAAAGUGAAAGCAAGCAAUCAAGUGUUUCUUCAUCACUGGAAAGUUUAAUUGUCUCUACUGAUGAAAAAGUGUCUAAAAAGGAUUAUUUGAGGCAGCUGUGGAAGGAAACAGCCAAGGAACGGAAAGAGAUUGAUAAAAUGAAGCAAAGAGGACAGCAGCUUAAGAGCAAUCUGGAGACAAGGCUAAAAAACAUCCAACCACUUUUGAAGAGACCCAUACGUAAAGAUGUGUUGAUGGUGGAAGAGAGUACAUCGCAUCAUUCUCAGAAACAAGAUGAGAAGUAUAGCGGUCAACUUCAAAAGCUUGGCCAGACUGAGAAGCUUACUGUCCAAGAAAUGAAGACCAGGACAUUGAAAACUAGCGACAAAGCUAACCAAACAUCUCUGGAUUCUCUGACAGAGCAGGUUAUAACAGAAGGAGCAGAGGCAUAUGUCCCAGACCCAUUCACUGGACUCCUCUAUCAGAUUCAACAUUACUGCUAUAGCUGCUGCUGUCAGUGCUGUGUCUGCUGCCAACAAGCAUGUCCUGAAAACAAUAACAACAACAGACCAACUCAGUGUUGGUGUAAAUAAUCUUUAAUAUAUGAGAUGAAACCGUGUGUGUGUGUGUGUGUGUAUACAAUAAAAGUUUGAAAUUAUACAUAUAAGCUAUUAAUAUACAAUAUUUUAGGAUUCCACCCACCACCAGAUGAUAUGAUACUAAAAUAUGAUGCUUUCUUAAUCUACGUAUAUGCUUUAUUUACAUCUUAGAAAAGUGUGAAAUUAACCUGAAUAUACAAUUUUAAAGCGUGACUGUUGUUUGAAAUUGCAAUAAAUACUAAAUGCAAGUAUUGUUUUCUUUCAGUUGAGGCUCCUUGCUAAAGUAAAUCCCAUCCUUUCACAGGCAGAGUUUGAAAAAGCAACACAUGCAUUUGUAACGUGGCAUCUGUAUUAUUGUAAUUCUUUGCGGGGCUGGACCAGUGCUCCCUGCAGCGCUUACAGAAAGUCCAGAACGCUGCAGCUCGUCUGCUCACAAAAACUAAGAACAGCCUCCCUCUGCCUGUUAGAUGCUCUCAGUCUUUAAUGCUGUUAGACUGAAAACCCACCUCUUCCCCCUGGCCUUUAAUACUAGCUAGACAGGAUAUUUUGUUUUUUAUUGGUGUUUUAUUGUUCUUUUGCCUAUGUUGUGUUAUCUUUAUAUUUGACUUUUGUGUGAAGUGCUUUGGGCAUCUUAAGUUGUGCUAUAUAAAUAAAACAGAAUUGAAUU